AGGAUGAUUCACGCUAUACCGUGUCGGGGCCGAGCCCGGGUCUCAACCGAGCCAUAGCGUCCGAGUGGAGUCCGAGCCUUUAUGCAUGCUGUUCCGUAGUAGUUCCGUGCGAACCGUGGCUGAGUGUUGGUGAGUGGGUAACAAGCAAAAUGCAAUUUUCAGAACUUGAACUAGCAGCAAUUGCCGUUGCACUUGAUGAAGAAGAAAGGGAAAACCAUGUUGAUCGACUUCACACAGCAAAGAGGAGAUGGGGCGUGCAUCCUACUUGGCGAAAGCGAAAGUUGGAGGGAGAAUUUGCCACACUAUACAAAGAGUUGUUAGAUGACGAAAGUAAAUUCUUUGGCUAUUUUCGAAUGUCCUGGGAGUGUUUCAACGUUUUACUUCUAAAAGUGAAAAGUGGCCUCACGAAACAGAAGACAUUCUUUCAGGAGCCCAUUUCGCCAUCUGAGCGACUAGCAGUGUGUCUCAGAUUUUUGGCGACUGGAGAUUCUUUCAAAAGUAUUUCAUACAGUUACCGGUUGGGUCAUUCAACGGUAUGCCAAAUCGUAAACAGUACGUGUCGAACUAUAGUCACCGAACUUAUGAAUGAAGUAAUGCCACAACCAACAGAAGAAUCAUGGAAAGCCGUUGCAAGAGAUUUCGAAGCAUUAUGGAAUUUCCCCAACUGUAUCGGCGCGUUAGAUGGCAAACAUUUUACUAUUGAGGCUCCCGCAAAUAGCGGGUCACUUUAUUUCAACUACAAACAUACUCAUUCCAUUGUCUUAUUAGCGUUAGUGGAUGCGCGAUAUAAAUUCAUUACAGUCGACGUUGGUUCUUACGGAAGAAACAGUGAUGGUGGUAUUUUUGCUCGCUCUUCUCUUGGAAAACGCUUAGAAAAUGGUACACUAAACAUACCCAGCGGGAAGUAUUUACCUAACACAACGACCGUUGCACCGUACGUAAUUGUUGCUGAUGAAGCAUUCCCCUUAAAAACUUACUUACUACGGCCGUACCCAGGGCGUCAAUCAGCUGAAGAUACAGGAAAAACAAGUUUCAACAAUAAAUUGUCAUUAGCUCGGCGAUUGGUGGAAAAUGCGUUUGGCAUUUUAACACAACGAUUUAGAAUUUAUUGCAGAAGAAUAAAAAUGGCACCAGAGAAUGUGGAUUACGUUAUUUUAGCCACUUGCGUGCUACACAAUUUUUUACGUGAACGUAGUGACAGUGUACAUUUACCACACAGUUAUAAUGACGGGACACAAAACUCACAACCACAACCAUGUUUUGAGCCAUUGCGCAGUCAACCAGGGAGACCAGCCGAAGAUGCUUUUGCAGUGAGAGAGCUCUUUAAAAAUUAUUUGGCGACUACAGCUGCUCAUGGAGUUGAACCUUAAAUAGUCUAUGAUUACUAGGUAUGAAUCUAAUUUCUUCGUGUCAAUAAGCUAUUAUACUGCACCGGUUGAAAAUUUUUGUAAAUGUUAUGAAUAGUGCAUCAUCCGUAAGAGACGAAAAUGUAAAUAAAUAUAAAUAAUAAAUAAAUAACAGUUUUGUCGCAGUGAAUGUUUUGUCUAUUGUUCGUGAAAUAAAAAUUAUCUUUACUUACCAUUCUGUUGCAAAUCUUCUGAUAUUUUCUUCCAUAUGGUGGCUUUGUGGUUGGCAUCCAAAUACUUUGGAUGCGACAUAUCGUAAAUGCAACUGUACUUCCGCACACAUUCAAUAAGAAUUUCGUCAUCCAUU